AUGCGCUACACCCUCACCGUGCUGGCGGCCGUGACCGCGUGCAUCUACGCGCAAAGCUUCAAGUGUCCGCCGAAGGACGGCCAGUACGAGGAUCCGGUCCAGUGCGACAAGUUCUACGAGUGCUCGGACGGCCGGGCCACGGAGCGCCUCUGCCCGGACGGCCUCGUCUUCGAUCCGACCAUCCGGAAGAUUAACAAGUGCGAUCAGCCCUUCAACGUCGAUUGCGGCGAUCGCGUCGAGCUGCAACCCCCGCGGGGCAACACGCUGUGCCCGCGUCGCAACGGAUUCUUCGCCCAUCCGGAUCCGGCCGUCUGCAACGUGUUCUACAACUGCAUCGAGGGCGAGGCCACCGAGAUCACCUGCACGGCCGGGCUGCACUUCGACGAGUACACGGGCACCUGCGUCUGGCCCAACGAUGCCGGCCGCCAGGGAUGCAAUCCGGGAGCCAACAAAAAACUAAAGGACGGAUUCACCUGCCCCAAGGACCAGAAGACGGACGAGGCCGGCCAGGCGGUGGCGCACCCGAAGUUCGCCCAUCCGACCGACUGCCAGCGGUUCUACGUCUGCCUGAACGGCGUCGAGCCCCGUGACCUCGGCUGCCAGGUCGGCGAGGUCUACAACGAGGAGACGGAGCGAUGCGAUGCGCCCGAGAACGUACCCGGAUGCGAGGAUUGGUACAAGGAAAGCGACGAGAAGAAGAACUGAGCUGGAGCUGCAUCGGACCACCCUUUCCCUCGCGUCAAUCCCACAACCCCCUCCGUUCCCUUCAUCUCUUCAUGUCCUACACUCCUAAGGCGCGGGGCGCGCAACAAACAAAAAGGGGAACUGACAGGCAGCAGAAAGUGCACCACAUCUGAGAGAGGGAGGUGCACGCAAAUGAAAAGACUCAUUAUUUUUGUACUUUUGUUUUAAAAUAUUACGUUAACGAAAAACAAAAUGGAAAAAAAACAGAAAAGCAAAGAAGAAACCUCCGCUCGACUUGACUACUUUCUCAAUUUUUAUUGAGUUAUAGAAAAAUAAA